AUGGUCCAUCGCUCGCGAAGCGCAGGGAGCCCACUGCUGACACCAUCCCACCAGGCAGGCCAGCACUCUGGGAUGCGCUCAGAGUCUGAAGGCCCGAGCGGCCCGAGCGGCUUAAGCGAUCUGGGCCACCUGAGCGAUCUUGAGCACCUUUUGCCGCAGGGCCUCAGGGAAGCCCUGAGGCCGGUGGAGCGGGAAAACGCGCGGCUGCUGGCAGCGCUGGUGCGGAGCCGCCUUUGCGAAGAGCAGCUGCGAAGGCAGAACACAGAGCUUGCAGAGCUCGCCGAGCUAAGAGGCCUCAGACCCGCGUAUACCCCGGACGCCGGAGCCUCUGGAGUCGCUAUACCUGAAGGAAGCCUGCAAAGUGUACUUUCUCAGAGAGGAAAGGACAAGGCACUCGCCGAGUUGCAACACUUGGAGAUCAACCUGGCAGAAAUCGUGGCCUUAACCUUGCUACUAAGGGUGCGCGACAGCACAACUGGUUUCCGCCAAGCAUCAGUUGACGCGUUGCGAAAUGCUUUGGAGAAGUGCAGCUCAGAGCUGGCAUCAUAUCAGGUUGCUGAAGAGCGCCAUUGCCAUUCAGAUGCAGUGACAGCUUCUCCAUGGACUCUUGUCCAAACUGAAAGAGAUGAGGCUCAAAGGCUUCGCAGGCAGCAGUCAUCGGUCCAAGAGAUUGGCCACGGUAUGUUGCUGACUCUCAGUGAGCGAUGUGUGGCAGAAGAGCAAACAUUUGUGCAUGAAGCGCUUGGAAAGCUGGAGGCAGAAGAGCAGCUGGUGGUGUGUGAGUCUGACUUGGAGACUGAGGCUGCCUUAGAGAAUGAUCUGCAAGGCACAGAGCUUCGUGAGCUAGGCAUGGUCCAGCAGCGGCUUGAAGAGAGCAUCCGAUUGACCGGAGACUUGAAGGGUGAGUCGUUGAAGUGGAAGGGCCAAGCCGAGCAAUGUGCACGUCUCCAGCGCGAGCUUGCAGACAAAGCUUGGUGCUAUUCCAAUCAGCUUGAGGAGAAUGCCCUUGAGCUGGAGAUGGAGAUAGAGGUUGCCGAAGCUCAGCAAGGUCACCCCUCCGUCGGAGAUGUAUUUCAUUUGCAGACCCUGGUGAAGCCUCUCGACGGAGCGGAGGAGCGGCGCCGCCGCGGGGCCUCGGAGCUGAGCUGGGCGCUGAGCGAAGCCUCGGAGCUUCGGCGGAUCUUGGGCGAAAGCCGCGCUGAGAAGUCCCUGGCCUCGCGCUCCGAGACCGAAGCCGUUCGGGACUGGAAGCGCUCCCGGAAGCGCAGCUCGGGGUUUCGGGAGGCACUGAAGCAGGAGCUCAGCGCUUUGGCCGAUCUGCGAGAGGCUUGCAAGGGCAUCCAGGCAGAAGACCGGGAGAUGCUCAGCGAGCAUCGGGAAAUGUGGAAGGAGGAGACCUGGCAGAGAGAAGAGGACCGGAAGGAUGGGACUUCCGCGCUUGCUGAGGCAGUUCAUUCAGAGGUCGCAGCUGCCAAAGAAGAGUCCGAAGUUGCAAAGAAGCUGCGUGUGGAGCUGCGUGUGGAGCUGCGUGAGAUGCGGGCCAGACAGCAGCACUCUCUUCGACACAGGUCGCCCUCUGCAGGCGGUGCUUUGUUUGAAUUGGUGGAACUGGAGCACACCGUGCAACAGAGAGUGGCUAAGCGAGACCGACAGCUGCAACAGUUGAGGCUGUCGCUGAAAUCUUUGGAUGCACCGGCGCCUAUGCUCGGAAGCCCUGCCCACGGUCAAGGAGCCUGGAGGAUGGUGAAUGCAGCGAACAUUGCGAAUGUGGGCGCUACCUCGAUCUCAACUCCACCAAGCCCUGUGGCUCCGAUGAUGUCGCCGCCAAUGUCUGUCUGCAUCACCAAUACUAUCCAGGUUGGCCGGGACACUCCUCCGAUCACGCAGCGCCUGAUAAUGCAGCCCAAAGUGGUGCAUUCGGUUCGGUUGCAUCCCACUGGGUAUGAACCAAGCCCCAAAGUGGACAAAGUUGAUUCCAGAUUCCGUGCUUCUCUUUGA